CCCAAUUUUCUCUCCCUAUCCUCUCAUUUUUGUAGUGCGCACUGAGAGAGACAAAAAAACAAAAAAAGAUGGAGCCUUUGUUUUUAAGGUUUUCUUUAUGUUGAGGACAUUAGGCUAAGACAAAAAGCUCUGUUUUCUUUCUUUGUUGGAUUUUUGGGUGUUGCUUGUUUGAAGAAAUAAAGCUUUGAGUAUCUCCAAGGUUUCCAUUACAGAGACAAAAGGGGUAUUUGAGCUUAGUUUCUCUGUUUAUGUGUUUGUUGUGCUUUUAAAUCGGGGUUUAAGGUUUAUAGAAGUGGUGUUUCUGGUAACAGUUGAGACUUUUUGAGGGGAUAUUACAGAGUUCAGGAAAUAAAAAAUAUAGAAAUUUGUGUUUUGUGUUUAAUGGGAACAAGAGCAGAACGCAAGGAAGAUUUUGUUGGUGGGUUUGGAUUUGGUGUUGUAGAAAAUUCGCAUAAAGACGUUAUGGUGCUACCUCAUCAUCACUAUUAUCCAUCAUAUUCAUCACCUUCCUCUUCUUCUUUGUGUUACUGUUCUGCUGGUGUUAGCGAUCCCAUGUUCUCUGUUUCUAGCAAUCAGGCUUACACUUCUUCUCACAGUGGUAUGUUCACACCCGCCGGUUCUGGUUCUGCUGCUGUGACUGUAGCAGAUCCUUUUUUCUCCUUGAGCUCUUCAGGGGAAAUGAGAAGAAGUAUGAACGAAGAUGCUGGUGCAGCUUUCAGCGAAGCUCAAUGGCAUGAGCUUGAGAGGCAGAGGAAUAUAUACAAGUACAUGAUGGCUUCUGUUCCUGUUCCUCCAGAGCUUCUCACACCCUUUCCCAAGAACCACCAAUCAAACACUAACCCGGAUGUAACUGUGGCAGUGGCGACAGGAGGCUCAUUGCAGCUGGGGAUUGCUUCAAGCGCAAGCAAUAACACGGCUGAUCUGGAGCCAUGGAGGUGCAAGAGAACAGAUGGGAAGAAAUGGAGGUGCUCUAGAAACGUGAUUCCUGAUCAGAAAUACUGUGAGAGACACACACACAAGAGCCGUCCUCGUUCAAGAAAGCAUGUGGAAUCAUCUCACCAAUCAUCUCACCACAAUGACAUUCGUACGGCUAAGAAUGAUACUAGCCAGCUUGUGAGAACUUAUCCUCAGUUUUACGGACAACCUAUAAGCCAGAUCCCUGUGCUUUCUACUCUUCCGUCUGCCUCCUCUCCAUAUGAUCACCACAGAGGACUGAGGUGGUUUACGAAAGAAGAUGAUGCCAUUGGAACCUUAAACCCGGAGACUCAAGAAGCUGUCCAGCUGAAAGUUGGAUCAAGCAGAGAGCUCAAACGGGGAUUCGAUUAUGAUCUGAAUUUCAGGCAGAAAGAGCCAAUAGUAGACCAGAGCUUUGGAGCAUUGCAGGGUCUAUUAAGUCUAAACCAGACACCACAACAUAACCAAGAAACAAGACAGUUUGUUGUAGAAGGAAAGCAAGAUGAAGCGAUGGGAAGCUCUCUGACACUCUCAAUGGCUGGAGGAGGCAUGGAGGAAACAGAGGGAACAAACCAGCAUCAGUGGGUUAGCCAUGAAGGUCCAUCAUGGCUCUAUUCAACAACACCAGGUGGACCAUUGGCUGAAGCACUGUGUCUCGGUGUCUCCAACAACCCAAGUUCUAGUACUACUACUAGUAGCUGCAGCAGAAGCUCAAGCUAAACAAAUGGCGCUCGAGUUCCGGUUUAGUGAUUAGAAACCAUCGUUGUUAGUGUUUUGUUUGAAAAACUGAGACCUUUUAGCUUUCUGUUGGUGUUUUACGGUUGGAUUUUGCAGUAGACUGCUCUUAUGAAUGGAAAAUUGUUUGAGACAACGCUUUACUUUCACUGCUGGAUUAGUGAAAAGUCAGAA